AUGUCUUUGGAGGUUCUCGUUCUCAGUGGAAAUUCCCUUGAAGGCCCAAUACCAAUUGAGUUAUGCAAGCUGCAGCCUUUACAUGUUCUGGACCUUUCGCAAAACAAUCUUUCAGGAUCAAUGCCCUUUUGCUUUGGCAAAAUGCACUUCAGGAAAGCUGAUUCAAUGGAUGAAGAUUUGUCUGAGGUUGUUGCAUUUGGUAUUCAGUCACCCCUUGAUUCAGGUGUGGAUGUUUUCUUAUAUGACAUAGUGACGGUGGACAUCAUCACCAAAGGCAACUUAUAUGCCUACUCAACACAUCAUUUGCUUCUGAUGUCUGGGAUUGAUUUGUCUGCAAAUAAGUUGACAGAAAGUAUCUUACCAGAAAUUGGAAAUCUAGAUGAGCUUGUUCAACUGAAUCUAUCAUACAAUCAGCUAAUAGGUCCAAUCCCUGAAACUUUCUCCAAACUCAAUCAGAUUGAGAGCUUGGACAUAUCACACAAUCAGUUGAGUGGCACGAUACCUCGGCAAUUGACUCAACUUAGGGGGUGUUUGGUUGGGGGGAGUGGAGGUUGA